AUGCUAAUUAUUAAUAAAAAAUAAAUAUUCAUCUUAUCUACUAAAAUUUUAAUCUUAUUCCAUGCAUCUAUCUAUUAAUAAAUAAUAUUGAUAAUAUCAAUCAUUUUUCAUAAUAAUCAAUAAAAAAACUAACUAACUAACUAAAAAACUAUCUACUAAUUCUCCUUCAGUCAAAAUGUAAUAAUUAUGAUACUAAAAUAUUCUAAAAAACUUAACUGUAAAUCAAGCAUUUUAAGAAAUCUUAAAAAGGUCUUUUUUUUAAUCACUCAGCUGAAUUAAAACAAUAAUUUACUUAUUCAAUACAUAGCAACAACUUUUCUAUUAAAUUAUAAGCUUCUUUUUUACUUAAUUCUCAACAAAAACCUUCAAAAAAUUAACCAAACAAAUAACUUAUUUGUUGCAAUAGCAAGAAGGCCCUCUUGUUUUCUAAAAUGUAGUUACGUUUUAAUUAUAAUAUUCCCAAAUUUAUAAACAAAAAUAUAAUAUCUUUUUCUUAAAUUCUAUAGUAUUUGUAUUAUAAUUGUAUUCAUUCUUCAAAGUAUUAUUUUUAUUAGCUGGCAUUCAUUUAUAAUAUUUUACUUUCAUUUUAAAUAUUUUACUUGUUAGUUUGCUUGCUUGAGAAAAGCUUGUUUUUACUUUCUGCAUUCAAAAUAUUAUCAAGUAAGUAUUAAUUUUUGA